CAAAUGAAGCAUUAGAGCUUUCUUAGAUAAAUUGUAAAUAUAAACAUUUUAGACGUGAAAAUGUGCACAUUUUGGUAUCUUUCUUUUAACUAAUAAUGUUUAGUUUAUUUUCAAGAGAAAAAAUAAUUGCAUUUCCGACUUGCUUUAUAAAUUGGAGAAAGUGAUGAUGAGAAGUAAAAUGAUCAGUCAAAGCGCGAGAACCUUUCUUUAUAAUGAAAAUGCCACUAUCAGCUUGUUUAGAUGGUUGUUAAUAUAUAUAUAUAUGUUUAUUGUAGUGUAUUUUAUUGUGUUGUUUUGUUAUUUCAAAUACAAUACAUUGAACACUCAUGUCGUUUAAUUAUAAAGUUUAAAUCAUAUAAUUUGAGUGCUCAUUUGAUUAAUUUUUUCUUCAUAGGAAUGGGCAAAGAAAUCUUACGCUAUCAGUAUAGUCUAAUUUGUUAUUGCAGGUUAUCAUAAGCACAUAUUAUGAAUGGUUACAUAUAAUUAUCUUUUAUGUGAUUCGCUAAUAUAAAGUUUUUACAUUGUCGAUGUAUAAAAGUUGAACUUAGUGUGAACGCCAAAAUAUGUAGACUUAAACUUAAUUCUUAGUUAAAGAAGAAAAAUCCUAGAUUAACAUUAAGGUCAGCUCAUCACAUGUGAGGUUUGAAAACAAGGCAAAGUUGACAAGAUUUAAGGAAAACCCAUGUGCAUUUGAAUAUGAAAGUAAUUCAUAAACUCGAGGAGAUCCGGCAUUAAUGGGUGUGACCAUUAAUAUCAUUAACAUUCUGAUGUUAAUUUGAAAUCAAAACAAAAUCUUGAAGCUCUCUUGAUGUCUCAAUGGGUUUGAAGUACCAUUCUAGCAAAUCCAAUGCUUCUAAUAAGUAUCUUUCUUCAAAAUCUUCAACUAUUCUCACAACAACUCUUUGCAUUGCCUCUCUUGUCUACUUCUUUGCCCCUUCAAGAAAUUCCCAGAAAGAGCCACACUUCUUGGACCAUCAUGGAGGUCUAUUUCGUGGCGAUUUACGCAAUGCAAAAUUUCCAUGGAAUAAACUUUCAUUUGGACCAAUUUCUUAUGAGAAGCUUAAGUUAGCAGUCUUUUCAAAAACAUGGCCAAUUGGAGCAGAUCCUGGAGGUAUGGAACGACACGCGUUUACGUUGUAUACUGCCCUGGCUACUAAAGGACAUGAAAUUCAUAUUUUCACCGUCCCAUCCGAUAGGAAAUUUCAUUAUGACAUUCAUGAUGGAUCCCUUCAUGUGUAUUUUGCACCUAAUGAUCAUGGCACACUCAAUUGUUCUCUAGCUUUUGAUAUAUUUGAUCAAGAAAAUAGGGCUAGGCCUUUUGAUUAUGUGCACACUGAGAGUGUGACAUUGCCUCACUGGCGCGCGAAAUUAGUGCCUAAUGUGGCAGUGACAUGGCAUGGGAUUUGGUAUGAGAUUAUGCACUCAAAACUAUUUCAAGAACUUCUUGACAACCCCAAUGGGCAAGGGCCUAUGAAUGAACUUCAAGAAGCAAUGCCAAGGCUCAUCGAUGAAAUUAAGUUCUUUUCGAGCUAUUCUCACCAUAUAUGCAUAAGCAACAGUGCAGGGGAAGUUCUAGUAAACAUCUAUCAACUCCCUCAAAGAAAUGUCCAUGUUAUACUCAAUGGCAUUGAUGAGACAAACUUUGUGUAUGACCCUAUAUCCGGAUCAAAUUUUCUCGAAAAAAUUGGGAUCCCAUCAAAUGUUACCUUGGUUUUAGGGGUUGCUGGGAGGUUAGUAAGGGACAAGGGGCACCCACUUCUCUACGAAGCAUUUUCAUUCAUAGCUAAACGCCAUCCAGGAGUUUUUCUACUAGUAGCAGGGUCAGGGCCAUGGGGAAAAAGGUACGCGGAAUUAGGCCAAAAUGUGAAAGUUUUAGGUGCAUUAGAACCCGCAGAGCUAUCUAAGUUUUACAAUUCAAUUAAUGUGUUUGUGAACCCAACAUUAAGGCCACAAGGACUUGACCUUACACUAAUAGAAGCUAUGCAUUGUGGAAAACCAGUUUUGACACCCAAUUACCCAAGCAUAACAAGAACUGUGGUGUUAAAUGAAGAUUUUGGUUACACAUUUUCACCAAAUGUAGGGUCAUUUGUAGAAGCAUUGGAGUCAGCAAUAAGAGAUGGUCCAGAAGUUUUGCAAAGGAAAGGCAUGAUUUGUAAGUCAUAUGCACUUUCAAUGUUCACAGCAAACAAAAUGGCAUUGGCUUAUGAAAGGUUCUUUCUUUGUAUGAAAAACAAAAGAUAUUGCCAAUACCCUCUUCCCACAGAUUUCUAGACAUUUUUGGUUCUGUCAUAUGGAUAUCCUAUUACACUCAUAUUCAAGAGUAAAAAACUUCUUUCUUUGAC